UUGUAGUGUUCCUUAAAUUGAAAUAUAUUAUCGGCUCACAAUAAGCACUAUUUAGACAUCAGUUAAAAGUAUAGAUUCGACUAAAUAAACUAUUAUAUUGCCUGAAUUUCUUCUAGAAAAUUCUCGGUUUGAGCCAAUGCACACACCAUACACUAUAUACUAAUAACUAUUCCAAGGACCCAGCUUUUGCCUUGGCAAAAUUCUGUUUUGAAAUAUAUAAAGUAUAUACUUAUAGGCUUGUUUGCAAUUCGCGCAGUGGCGGUCAACUUGUGCAGUACGUCAGUUUUAUCGUAAUAUGAGAUUUAAAUUGUAUCAUCUUUUAUUUUUGUGUUUACAAACAUCCUGCGGUAGUGCAAAAUAGCAUUUGGUCAAACUGCAUCCCUUUGAUAAUGCUAACAAAUGGCUAAGGAUAUUUUGGGAAUGGAUGAAAAAAAUUUUGAAGAGAACAAUCCUUGGAGUAAUUUGCCUACAGUAACUACUUUUGAUAAAGGUUAACCUUAGAAAAUGUGCGAUUCGCAAACAUUGAAUUGUACUUUUGCAGGAACUAAUUCUGCUCCAACAAGAUGCAUUGGAGAAAACCAAAAAAGAAAAUGCAGCGGCAAAGUAAUGAAGAAAGUUUCAUCUUCUAGUAUUUUAAUAGGUUCACUAAUCAAUCAACUAUGUACAAUCCUUGAAAAAGACCCAGGUCAAAGUAAAAGAUUGUAUUUUUUGCUCUGUGACACUUUGCAUCAAAUGAAGUUGAUAGAUCCUUCGUAUAAACUAGGAGGUUUUGAAUUAGCACAAGGAAAAUACAUGGAAGCAGUAUAUCAGUUAAUCACUGUUGCUAGAGAUACACUUGGAAGUGAUAAUCCUGUGCCCAUUCCAAGACCUCUUGUUACUUAUGUAUCCUCUUAUGAAGAUCAAUUUCGAGAAACUGGAUUUAUUGCUGGUGGAGGUUUUGGGAACGUUUUCAAAGCUGUACAUAAGUUAGAUGAAGUGGAAUAUGCAAUCAAGAAAAUUGUUGUUCGCCCUGGAAAUGUAAAAUCUAUCAUGACUCAUCUAGAAGAAGUAAAAACUCUGGCCAAAUUAAAUCAUACAAAUAUAGUGUCAUACAAACAAGCAUGGAUAGAACCCAUGUCAACCCCAAAUGGUUUGCAAUGUCUACCCAGUAUCAGCAAAGCAGAAAGCAACACGUAUGAAAGCAGGUCAAGUUACAGUGAAAGAAACACAUUUAGUGGUGGAAAAAGUUAUAGUUACUCAAGUCGUAAAAGUAAAAAAUCCUUAACAUUUUCAAGUGAUUGCCAAAAUCGUAAUUUAAGCAAAGAAUUAAGAAGCAAAAUAAGUUGUACGUCCUGUGAGUCCAAUUCAGAUAUAGUUUCAUUCAGAGAAGAAAAUGAAGCAUAUGAUAUAAGUAUUGAAAGUGAUGCUAGUAAUAAUAUUUUAGAAAUAAGUUCCAGGUCUAGUACGGAAGAAAGUAUAUCUAGCGAUGAAUCUGUAGAAGAUCGUAGGAUUUGUCAAUACUCCUCACAAACUAAUCAAUAUGCGAUAUUGUACAUUCAAAUGGCAUUGUGUGAAAAAACAUUACGUCAUUGGUUAGAUGAAAGAACAGAACCUACCCCAAUAUCAAUGAUUGCAUCAAUAGCAACCCAAAUUCUCUGUGGCCUGAACUAUAUUCAUUCUUUAAAAAUUGUUCAUCAUGACAUCAAGCCUAGUAAUAUUUUUAUUUCAACAACAGGAAAGUUACAAGUCCAAUUAGGGGAUUUUGGCUUGGCUUGUCCAUUGCAACGUUAUAAUCAUGAUGCUAUUGUUGGUACUCAUAUGUAUGCAGCUCCAGAACAAUUGAAAGGAGAAUGUAAUCCCAAGAGUGAUAUUUAUAGUUUGGGAAUAGUUCUUUUAGAAUUACUUAUUCCUAUGCAAACAUCUAUGGAAUGUAUUCGAAUAGUUAAUAGUUUAAAAGCUGGUGAAAAUCCUACAGCACUUGCUGGAUCACAUCCCAAAUGGGCUCAAACAAUAAGUCAGUUAAUUCAAACAAAUCCAAUAGGGCGACCUUCGGCAAAUGAACUUUUAGAUGACUUAAAAUUAGAUAAAGAUUUGACAAUAACAAAAUUAGAAAAUGAAAAUAGCAAAUUGCAAAAUGAAAAUGAAGUAUUAAGAAAAGACAUUCUUGUAAAAGAUCAAAUAAUAGAAGAACAGAAAAAUAAGAUAGAAGAGUUGAUGGCUAAAUUGGCAAAAUUAGAAUCAUAAUAUUAAAAUGAUCAUGUCAAAUCUAUUAUUUCUAUAUUGUAAAAACUUUAUAGCAAACAUAUUGUACAUAAAAUAUCUUUUUUAUAUUCAAGCAUUUUUAAUGACUGAAUCCAACAGUACUAUAAGUUUGUGCGCAAUGUCAAUUCUUGAAUAGCCUAUAUCUGGCUUAGCACAUUGUUCUAGUAAAUCUAUUAAAGUUGGAUGUUUUUGUAAAAUAUAAUCAGGAGGAUCAUGUAAAAAUCCUUGAUUAUGGAAGACUGCACCUAGUGCUUGUGUAAGGAUAUGCUGUAAAUUUUAAUAAUGUUAAUAAAUAUAUAUUUUUUAUGUUCAUAUCCAACAA